AUGUCGUCAUCCCUCACCACACUUCCCUUUGAGGUCGUUGUCGCAAUUUUCUCUUUCAUUCCCCAAUCCGAUCGUAAAAAGUGGAUAUUCCGAACUGCUAGAUUGGUUUGUUCCGAAUGGAAUAAUUGUAUUCUAUCAUCAUUAAACAUUCUGAUACAGGUGCCUCCACGACAAUCCAUCAAGAAGAGCAAUGGAAAUAGAUAUCAGCCCAUUCUAAACGGCUUUCGAGAGCGAGAUUAUUUUCAGAACAUUUCAUCAUUGAAAUUUGGAAAAUUCUUUGAUGUAUCGUUACUGUACAAAUGUACGGUUACUACAAUUCAGAAGAGUUCACAAUAUGAAAACACAAUGUCUUGUAUCAAUCCAUUUGAGAAAUUUUCAAAUUUACAUAACUUGUGUUUGCAUGAUGCUGGAUUGAGUGGUCAUGAAUUGAUCAUGAUCUGCAAGCAUUCUGAAAAUUUGAGAACGUUGAAAAGUUUAACCUUGUCACGCAACAAGUUGACAUUUAAGGAAGUACAAUUAAUUGUUGGUUGUCAGUAUUUUAACUUGACAAGUUUGAAUUUGUCUGACAAUGAUAUUAACAAUGACGGUUGUGUGGAAAUUGUUUGUGGCAAGAGUAUGGAGAAGUUGACACAUUUAGAUUUGAGCAAAAAUCCAAUCAAUGAUAUUAAUAUAUUUGCACACAAUUUGAAACAAUUAAGACACCUCAAUGUUUCGGAUUGUCCACUCGAGAAGGAUGCACAUGUAUUUGCCACGAGUGAGAAUUUGAAAAAUUUGAAAGAAUUUUUAUCGAAAAGACACAGAAUGGACAAGGGUUGUAUAGAUAUUGCAAGUUCUCCAGUGAUCGAGUUUGUAUCCUUGAGUUUUGAAGAUUGUUUCAAUCUAGGUUGUGAUCAUGUUUUGAAAUUGGCAUGUAAUGAGAGAAUGAAAAACCUGACAAGCUUGAAUUUGGCUCAAAAUGAAAUUGGUGAUACUGGACUCGUUGCUCUUGCACAAAGUGAAUUCAUGUCCAAUUUGAAAUUUUUAAACUUGAAUACUAAUGUUGUGACGUUUGAGGGUAUUCAAGCAUUGGCAACCUCUCGUUUCAUGUCCAAUUUAGAGUAUUUGCAUUUAGGAAAUGACUCACAUUUGGACUCGAUACGAGAAUAUUCGUACAAUAAGGUCAGCAAGGAGAGUCUUUUAGUACUUGUCAAUAGUCCAUACAUGUCCCAAUUGAGAACACUCAUACUAUGUCGCAAUACAAUCAACGAUCAUCAAUGUGAAAUUAUUGCAUCUGGAAAAUAUAUGAAAAAUUUGACCUAUUUGGACAUUUCCGAUGACAAGAGCAGAUAUUACAAAGGAUUGAAAAAACGAAGCUACAAGAGGUUAAUGAAUAGUACUGUAUUCAAAUUGAAGCACCUAGAAAUGACCUUUCAGGAUCCAUAA